AGUGCAUUGUCCCAUUGUCAGUGAAUGCAACAUUAAUCUGGCACAAGGGCCAGUUACAAGAUGGCUACCGCUGCGGGCCGAUACUACGGAGAAGGUGGCAGAGCAACAAAACGACAGAAAACAGAGGACGGAGGGAUGACAACGGAGAACUACGAUGACCCUCACAAACCACUGCCCUCCCCGGUGGUGCACAUCAGGGGUUUGGUCGACGGUGUUGUGGAGACCGAUUUAGUGGAAGCCUUGCAAGAGUUCGGGGCCAUCAGUUCUGUGGUAAUGAUGCCCAAUAAGCGCCAAGCCCUGGUGGAGUAUGAAGACAUGAAUGGAUCCUGCAGCGCUGUUACAUAUGCAGCUGAGAACCAGGUUUACAUUGCAGGCCAUCCCGCCUUCAUCAAUUAUUCCACAAGCCAAAAGAUCUCUCGGCCAGGAGACUCGGACGACACCCGGAGUGUGAACAAUGUGCUGCUGCUCACGAUCAUAAACCCCAUCUACCCCAUCACAACGGAUGUGUUGUACACCGUAUGUAACAACUGUGGUCCUGUACAGAGGAUCGUCAUCUUCAGAAAGAACGGUGUUCAGGCCAUGGUUGAAUUUGACUCCAUCCAAAGUGCCCAGAGGGCCAAAGCCUCGCUCAACGGGGCAGACAUCUACUCCGGUUGCUGCACACUGAAGAUAGAAUAUGCCAAGCCUUCUCGCCUAAAUGUCUUCAAGAAUGACCAGGGCACAUGGGACUACACAAACCCUAACCUGAGUGGCCAAGAUGCUGAUGGUGAAGGCAAUUGGAACAGCACACAAGAUCCAAAUGCUAACCCAAACAAACGCCAGAGGCAGCCUGCUCUUCUUGGAGACCACCCACCUGAUUAUGGUGGCCCUCAGGGAGGUUAUCAUGGUUACAAUGAAGACAGCUAUGGUCCCCCUCCCCACCGCAUGGGACCAGGUAUGGGCGGACGUGGUCGCGGUAAUCAGCGCUACGGCCCCGGAUACGGACCGCCGCCCCCCGAGUACGGUCCUCACGCCGACUCGCCCGUUCUCAUGGUGUAUGGCCUGGAGCCUGCGAAGAUCAAUGCUGACAAGGUCUUUAACAUCUUCUGUCUUUAUGGCAACGUAGAGAGGGUCAAGUUCAUGAAGAGCAAGCCUGGAGCAGCGAUGGUGGAGAUGGGUGACUGUUACUCUGUGGACAGAGCCAUCACUCAUCUCAACAACAACUUCCUUUUUGGGCAAAAACUCAACGUCUGUGUGUCAAAGCAACAGGCUAUUGUUCCAGGACAGAGCUACCAGUUAGACGACAACACCAGUAGCUUCAAAGACUUCCACAGUUCCCGCAACAACCGCUUCACCUCUCCAGAGCAGGCAGCCAAGAACCGUAUCCAGCACCCGAGCAACGUACUGCAUUUCUUCAAUGCACAGCCUGACAUCUCAGAAGAGAUCUUCAACCAGGUUUGCCAAGACUUGGGAAUUAAGAACCCUUCAAGUGUGAAACUUUUCAGUGGAAAGAGCGAGCGGAGUUCUUCAGGCUUACUGGAGUGGGAAUCCAUUAAUGACGCCAUGGAAGCCCUGGCAAUGAUGAACCAUCACCAGAUGAAAAACCCUAGUGGUCCUUAUCCUUACACUCUAAAGCUGUGUUUCUCAACCACCCACCAUGUCAACUAGUUACACUCCAUUCAAACAGUAAUGUUCUUAUGCCUCAUUCAAAUGUUCACUCACUUAUUGACACAAAUAGGCUUGUUGUGCUACAAUCUUUUAAAAACCGCCAGACCCCCCGACCCCCAUCCAGUACAGGGGGCAGCGUGGCUGCAUUGGUGUUGCUGUGAUAAGUGCUGCGCAAUACUUGUAUCGAUAUGAGAAGAACAUCGGCUAAAAGCUCAACCAAACCCAUUUGAGAAAAAGGAUUCCUUUAAAGGUAGCAAGCAGUCUGACACAAGUCAUGAAUCCCGACAUAAAAAAAAAACACUGUCACAAACUUAGCACCAUUUGAAAGCAAAUACUCUACAUAUCUACAACAAAGUCUCGCCUUUACUUUGAUAACUUUGGAUAAGUCUUUUUUUUUAUAGCAAGCCUCCCAUGCCCAGCAUUGAAAAUGUCAUUUCUUUAGAUUUAUGUUUAAGUUUUUGUAAAAUUCAUUAACAUCAUAUUACAUUUGAACCAAUCAUUCAUUCAUGUAUUCAAUGUAGGCCAUGUUUUUGUUUUCAAAUAAACACACAAUUCACUUGGCAGAAGUUCAUCUGAUUUUUGGGUAGCUACGAUGAGGCCUCACCUGUCAUGAUGGAAAAAUAAAAACGACUGAUCAUUAAAUACUAAUUUAAUGUUAUGUAAUAAUGUUGUGCUGAAUGAAUGAAUGAAUGACUGCCAAGAUGGAGGAUUAUAUAUUCAAGUCUCACCAGGAGGUGAUCGGACUGUUACAACAAAGUAUCAGGAGACAGAUUGGACACAUGGACUUAUACAAAUAAAAGGUAGGACCACAACUGUUUUUUUUCCAGAAAUGUGUUCAUCAUCUGGAGGUAUUUCAACUUUUAGUAUGUGCUUACAUUUUAGUAGAAAUGUAUAUACUUUAAGAACAGUUAUUAUAAUUUAAAUAAAUUUACUUGA